UGACAAGAAGCGGAGGUCUCGGGAAGCUGAGGCGGCCUUUUUGCGCGAGGGGAGACGAAAGCGGCCGAGGAGGUGCAAAGGAAGCCUGUUCGGGAAGCGAGCGAGGGAGGCGUGAGGCGUCCGCCGUCCGCCUCAGGAGCCCUGCGUCUCCUUCCCUCGCCGCGCCGCGCCGCCCUCUCCCUCUUCUUCCCUGUCGGGAUUUUGUUCCGUGAGGGUAGCGAAGGCGCCUCUUCUUCCCGCCCUCCCGAGUCGCAGCGCAGAGGAGGCCGGUCGGCCCUGCCCCCUUAGCUAGCAGGCAGGCAGGCAGGCAGGCAGAGGAGGCUUCGCCGCAGCGGAGAGCCGAGAGGCGGUUCCUGGCGGUGGGAGCAGCAGCGAGAGCAGCGGCGGCGGCGGCGCAGAUGGCUCCUGCGGGCGGCGGCGGCGGAGGCUCGACGGCGGGGAAGAUGGCGCCGUCGCACGUCCUCAAGUGCUGCCAGAAGGUGCUGGCGUGGGUGCCCGUGGUCUUCAUCGCCCUGGUUGUGGCCUGGUCCUAUUACGCCUACGUGGUGGAGCUGUGCUUGUUUACAAUAACCUCAACUGGCGAAAAAGUUGUCUACCUUGUGGUUUUUCAUCUGUCGUUUGUCAUGUUUGUGUGGUCCUAUUGGAAGACUAUUUUUACAUCUCCUGCCACUCCUUCUAAUGAGUUCUCUUUGUCCAAAUCAGAUAAGGAACAAUAUGAAAAAGAAGAGAGGCCAGAAUCCCAACAAGAAAUCCUCAGAAGAGCUGCUAAAGACCUCCCAGUCUAUACUACAACAACCUCAAGAGCCAUAAGAUACUGCGAUAGAUGCCAGCUCAUCAAGCCUGAUCGAUGUCACCACUGUUCUGCCUGUGACCUGUGUGUACUGAAAAUGGACCAUCAUUGUCCUUGGGUGAAUAACUGCGUGGGAUUUUCAAACUACAAGUUUUUCCUCCUGUUUUUAUUUUAUUCUCUCCUGUAUUGUCUUUUUGUUGCCUCUACUGUGCUGCAAUAUUUCAUAAAGUUUUGGACAAAUGAACUGCUGGACACACGUGCAAAAUUCCAUGUUCUCUUCCUUUUCUUUGUGGCUGCCAUGUUCUUCAUCAGUAUACUGUCACUUUUCAGCUAUCACUGCUGGCUGGUUGGCAAAAACAGGUCAACAAUAGAAGCUUUCAGGGCACCUAUGUUUCGAAAUGGACCUGACAAAAAUGGCUUCUCUCUCGGAUGCAGUAAAAACUUGAGAGAGGUUUUUGGAGAUGAGACAAAGUACUGGUUGCUACCAAUUUUUACAAGUUUAGGGGAUGGCUGUAACUUUCCAACACGCUUGGUGAUUAUGGAUCCAGAGCAGCUUACUGUCUCAAGCCAAAAUGAUCCUGCUAAAAGCUCGGGUCCCAGUCAGCCAUUUCCUGUUAGGCCACUAAGCGAGUCCCAAAAUCGAUUGCUGGCCAGUGAAAACCAGUGGGUGGAAACCAAUUCAGAAGAUGAAAAUGUUAAAUCAGGUGUAAAAAAGCAUAUUAUAGUUUCAUUGGAGAGCUGAUCUUGGCUUCAGUGUCCAUCCCUCUCAGUGGAGAGGAAAAGAUGGUUUCUACACUACAUUUGUGCUUGGAUAUUACUUAAUUUUGUAUGGAAGACACUGAUAUAUCAAUGGAACAGUGCCAGCAUGUUAGCAGGAUAUGAAAAAAUCGAAAUCCUUGACAGUAUCCAGUGGAUGCUUAUGAGCACUGUUGCAGAGCAGAAAGUUUGAUGCCUUAAGAUUCUUAAUGUGCAUUUUCGCAACAUGGACGUAAGCCACUACAAGGGCCAAAUCCUGAAAUACCCUGGAAGGAUAUGAGAGUAUGCAAGACUCUUAGAAGUGCAGAAACUAUGCAUUUUGGCUGCACCGCGGUGGAGGAAACUAAUUCUGCAAAGUUCGUGUGAGAAAUGCCAUGCCGGUGUCAUACGGGAGUUUCUUCCAUAGCAAGUCUAUGGAAGGAGGAUGGGGAAGGGGAGGAAAGUGUGAAACAAUCAUAGAGUACGGUCAUUGAAACUGCACAGUACAAUUAUGUGUCUCAAAGCGCUAUCUGGUGGACUUGCAGCAUGAUGCAUUUUUGCUUUCUCCACUACCAUUAUCAGAUAACCAGUGGUAUUGGUAGGUGUUGCUAAACAGCCAACCCAAGACUCUGGCCUGUUAGUCCUCUCUGAUAUUGAAGUUCUCUUCCUACAGGCUUGCUUUGUUGCAAUACAACAUCAGACAAGCAAGGUUUUUCCAUUGCAUCAUCAUCAUUAUUAUUAUUUCAGAAAUAAGGGCCCACUGGCAACAUAGUACAUUAGUUAGGGAGAAUAAAGUUUCCUCGACUUUCUGUUUCUUUAAAGUGCCAAUAGUUUAAUUUCUAGAAUUUGUCUUUUUAAGCCAUAUCAACAAUAUAAUUCAGUAAAGUGAUUUUUUUCUCCUCCUCCCCCCCCCCCGCCGAGAUGUUUACCUGAAUAUUACUUUCAAAUCUUUUUGACUGAUAAUCCCAGCAUAAAGAUCCCAAUUGAUUUAUCCAUCUUCUUUUCAGCCCAGCUUCAGAGAUCAUCCAUUUCUUUUUUAAGAGAAAAGAAACAAAUAUGUACUGUACUUUAUGGGACUGGAUUUCACAGGGAGUUUUACUAGCAAAAUCCUGAGUAAGGUGUAGAAGAAUGCACCCAAGGGAGAGGGUUUGUUCUCUAGUAACCCCUGCUUUGGCAUCUGGGAUCCUACUCUCCCUCCCAGAGUCUCACUGACCCUGAACCCAAGGCCUAUCCUUUUAGGACACAAAUAUUUUUCUGAGAAAAUAAUUCUACAACAAACUACUGUGAGGGCUUAAUCUUUAUUAUCAGUUCACAAGGGGCAGCGAAGUACUCGAUGCUUGACUCAGAAGAAUCCUCAUCUCCAGCCACCCAGCUCUUUAAGCAGAAUUCUGGCUUCCAAUACUCUUUAAGGAGGAGACCAUUGUAGCCUUGAAGUUCCAUCUUGGCUCACUGUAUGGUGUUAGACUGCCCCAUCAUUGUACCUUGAUGUGUACCUUUUAAUUCCCUAUCAUAAAUUGUGUCCAAGCUGCUCAUAGUUUGUUAGCUCCAUAAAAAUAUUAAAUUCUUCCCAAACCCCUUUUAUAUAAAUUAUCCCAUGUAUGAUACAAGUGGAAAAACCGGGAUCCACUUUGCAAAUCUUAGGAAACAUGAUGAUAGUUGGGGGGGGGGAAUUAUAUUGAAAAUAAAUUUUGUAGUUUGUAAAAUAGUUUAGGAUCUUCUUAGAUCUGUCUCUUAGCUUAGUUUACAAAAUGAAGGGAAAGCUAAAAUGGUUUGUGCUGUCUUUGUGACCAACCCAAACUCAAGAGCUGGAUCCUACUCCCUUCCUGUGCAAAAUGCAUAAAUCAAGCUCAGGGCUUUCAGUGCAACUGGUAACCUCACUCUCUGUACUCAAGGCUGUGGGAUUUCACCCCAACUCCUGCCCUGAAAUAGCAGUUGCCAUCAGUGCUUCAGAGCGCAUGGAGGAAAUAAGCUUUAUGUGGCACAACAGCACCUUGCAUGUAGCUUGUCCAGGUCAGGUGGGGAUGAAUGGAGGCAGGUUUGCUUUUUUUGUCUUCUUAUGUCCCAGCCAGCCCACAGAAUGGUCCUACAACUUCUUGCACUAGCUAGGCACUGUAGCAAAUGGACAGCCCCUUCAGUGUUGACACAAGUGAGCAGAGGUGCCGUGCUCUGCCUUGCUUGUCCCAUUCAUCAUACAGUACCUGCGCUUUGACUCUCAACAGCUUCAGGAAAGGGUAGAAUGGAAUCAAGUAUAUCCUGGGAGCCAGGGCAUAAAUUUAUGGGUUGUGUUUACCAGUUAGGUCAACGAUAGCAGCACAUUUCUUAUAGUAUGUAUAUGUAAAAUGGGUAACAGGGUUCUCUUUGUAGAGUGUACAUAGGAAUAAAGGCCCAUCUGCACUUAACGUGAAUGUUAGAAGUCCACACGUUGCUGUUAAUGCAUUCCCUUUUUUUCACUAUUGGGGUAAUAAUUGUCAAUAUUCAAUACUUUCUUGAUCUGCAGUCCUUAAACUACUUUGAAAAGGUUCCAAAAGAACUCUCCUUCAUGGUAUGCGUUGUUUAAUGUGUAAGCUAUCUUGACCAGUAUUGAGAAAUUAUACCAAAGAAUAUACUUUGUAAAGCAGUUUAGUUUUAAUUCCAAUGCCUUAUGAAAGCAUUUUGCUAGUAAAUGACCUAGCAUCAGCAGGUCACAUUUAAGGAUCAAUGUGAUUUUUAAUGCUAGUAAAUACAGUUUGCAUUCCCUAGCAGACACAUUCCUGUUUCAAGAAGCUCCCCUUCCGAGUCGCUGAAUUCUGAUUUUAUCACAAUCUGGUGUUGCUUGCUGGCCACUUUUAUGAGUUCAAUUUUAUGUUACAGAUUUGGGGUGAAGUUGUUUUUUGUUUGUUUUUUAAAGCAGCACAAGCAGCACUUCUUUCAUUUACCAACCACUCUUUUUUCUGGUAGAAUGCCUUAACAAUUGGUAUCUACUACUAGAGUCAAUCAAGUUCCAAACAUCAUCUUUAUUUUUAAUAAGAUGCCAGCCCUAAUACACAAUGUGACGUUAGCUCCUAGUUACUUAGCAACAUAUCUCUUGGAUCAGUGUUGGAAACCUAUGCUUUAACUCAGUCUUAAUAUCCAAUAUGUAUUCUCCAGAUCUUAACUUGAAUCUUGUAAAUGGUGGAAAGUGUCUGUACACAUUUACAGAACAAUAACUGAAGUUGAGUUGUAGAAGAUCAUCCAACAGGGAUAUGACUGACUCAUAACUUGGGUCAAGUUAGGACAGCAUCGGAACCUUUUUCUUGGCACCCAAAAAUUGUAAGCACCAUCAGAUGUACAAGUUAUAUUAUGCUGCAGUUCCCAAGUAGUCCCAGAAUUCUGGGAUUCUACCAGGAAAAUUUUAUUUAAAGUGGUUUAAGGAAUGCAGAUUUUUCCUUCAUUCCUAAAUGCAUUUACCAGGAAGUCCUACGGGUUUCUGCAGAGAUGACAUAUAAAUACAUGGUUUAGAAUUGCAGACCAUAAUGCAAAACAGAGAACAUCUCUCCACUGUGUCUUCAUUUCUUCUGCCCUCGUGUGUAAAUUACAAGGCCAUAAGAGUGACAUCCUUAGUUUAUGUCUAGGGCUGCCACAACCUGUGUGUUUGCCAGUGGGUAUGUCAGAUACAUUGCCCUGAAUUUAUGACAAAUGUGUAUGCAAGGAUUUUACUUAAAUAAAGGUAUAUCCACUGUAACUAAGUAAGCUUGCAAAUACUCAAAAUUUAAAUUGGUAUGAGGUUAUUUAGAGGAUAUAUAAUGUGAAUAAUGCAUCUGUUUUUAUGUUGCAGAUAGGAAUUUUCCUAUGCACAAAGAAAGCAUUGCCAUUAAUACUUUAAAGUGACUUUUUAAACAGACUUUUAUAAAUAAAUUAAAUAUAAAAGAAUACAGAUCAUUUUGCCUGAAAUUUUCAUGUUUUUAUCUGCACCUUGUAAUAUUUUCAUGUGUAUUUUUCACCAAUAAUUUUAAAUCAUGUUGAGUAUUUUAUAUAUCAAAGUGCAGACUUCCAUUAAUAUCUUAAGCAUAGCUCCUUUUAAGGGGAAAAAGCAUAAUCUUUAAACCCUUCUUUGCCAAAGUGAUGAUACAUUAAAAUGGAUUAUGACACACUGAAUGCAAAAGAAACUAAAUAAAUACGUUGAAAAAAUGAGCUAACUUGUGAACUGCAUUUCUAAUUGGUGCAAGUGAUGAAGAUACAAUUUCAAUUCCCUUUUAUGUGUGGGUAUAAAUGAGUGGGGACAUCACUUGGGAAGGAAGAGGGGCUUCAAAAGUUAGUUGGGGCUAUCUCUCAUGUGUCAGUCCAAUUAAAUAAAGACAGCAGUGGGCAGAUGUUGCCAGAGUUCACCUCUAUUUUGGGUCCCCACACUUGGCUCCAUUUUGCCUGGAAAUGUUAGCUAGUAAGGGCUAACAAUUUAGGACAGCAUGCAUUUCGCAGGUCCCAUUGACACUAUACUUGAAAUGGAAGUGUACCAGCCCAAAACAUGGAUCACUGUAAUCUACCUCUGUCCCUGACAGGUUGCUGCUAGAAAGCAUGCUACCACUGAGGACACACAAUGUGACAAAGCUAAAAUCAAGAUACACUUCCGGGGAAGGAGCUGUCACAGGUUAGUCACCUCUCUUGGGAGCUCCCCAAAGAUGUAAUUUAGUGGUGACUAACGGUGGAGAUUAUGUGUCGUUUUUGUCUCUGCUGGACAGAGACAUUUGGAUUAACUCCUGGAUAUUCUUGAUGCUGACGCGAUUGAGAAAUCCUAUUGGACGGGUGAGUGACCAGGAGUGGGAGAAACAACAGCAUUGCCCAGGCACUGCUAAAGAUCUCUGGAGAUCAAUCCAGAAAAGACUAACCAUACCUCCUUUCUUUAGUUAUAUUUGAAACUGCUAUAAAUCACUAACGAAAUUAAAGAAACUACUCCUUUGUCAGUAAAAAUGCCAAUUUGAAAUAUGACCCUAAAGCUGGCUUAAGAAGAGAAGUCAUUGAAAGACUGAAGGCAAAAUUGUUUUUUUCAGGAAGUAUCUAGUUUGUUUCGAGGAAAGUAUACAGCUGUUUAUAACACGCACCUGCUUAUAAGAGAGAAGAGAAUCUCUGAGAAGUGUCUAUGUUAUGCUGUUAUAUCUUUGAUCCUCCGUUUCACAAGUGAUUGCACUGACAGUAAUGAGAAUUAAUGGUUGCUGCUGCACUCGCAGUGGGAAGAAUGGAAUGCUAAGAAUGUGGUUAGGACUGUAUUCUAGUAGCACCCAAGAUUGCAGGUAUGUUAAGAAAUAAUCUAUUAACUGUGGCAGGUUUUCAAAAAUUAUUUGAUCAACAGAGAAAGCAAUUUAAAAUGGGAGAUGCAGAAAAUGAUCAUGGACAAAUCAUUAAGUGUGGAAUUACAGCUCCUGGGAAAACAUACUGGAGAUGGUUUGCUACAUCAGGAGGAAGGUUUUACACAGAUUACUGAAGAGUCACAGCUCCUGGAAAAAAUGAUCAAGGAUAAUUUGCCAGCCCUAGAGGAUGGUUUAUUGCUGAUGCUGGAAGGAGUGCAACAAAUGUAAUACUGUGUUUCCCCUUUUUAAAGACGCCGUCUUAUAACUUCUUUUCCUAAAAAAAAAAAACAGGGUGGCUUACUUUCGGUGGGAUGUCCUUUUUUAUUAUUACCAGUACGGUUUUUACGGCUCAGGGCGCUGCUUGGCCCUCUUGAGUGCUCGGUGCUGCAGCAGCCACAAGUUCCGGGUGGCGGGGCGACAGGCAUCCUUGGCCGGGCCAGGCGGAGGCCACUGGCUCAGGCGCUCUGCCCACCGCUGCAGGGCGCUCCAAGCUCCUUGGCCGGGCCAGGCAAGGAAGAAACAGUGAGCCCAGCGGUGGCAGCAAGCACGGAAGCGGCAGGGACGGCGGUGGACGAGAAGGCGGAGUGCAGGGAUGCAGCCAGCAAGGCGGGAGCGCCGCUUCACAGCUGAUCGCGCUCCUGCAGUGCCGGCCGCAUGGAGUGACUGAGUGGAGGUGCCUGUGGGGGUUGGUUUCCACAGCGCGGAAGUAUGGCUUAUUUUGGGGGUAUGUCUUAUAUUUCUCAAAUGCUUAAAAACCCUGCCAUGGCUUACUUUAUGACUACCUAUUAAAAAAGGGGAAACGGUACUGGAAGGCGAUGGAAUUCAUGGAAGGAGGACUGUGUAUAACUUGGAAUCAUCUCAAGAAAAAGUGAUCAUGCCUCCUGCAAUACUUUUGGGAAAAAAGAAUGGAAAUGCAGGAAAUUGAAAGAAAAAAAUCUAAAUGACAAGGACAGAAGACCAUGGCAACAGGAAAUGAAAUUGGAAUAUAUAGGUACUUUGGGGGGAGUGCAAAUUAAUGUCUACUUAAUUUGUGGUCAAUUGUGGACAUUGUCUUAUAUAAAUACAGUGAAGAAAUUCAUGAGGAAUAAAUAAGAAGGACUUAAUUGUCUUUUAAAAUCUGGAGGUAAAGUUGUGAGGGUGGACCAGAGGAAGAUUAAGGCUGACUCUUACUUUUAACAAUAAUGGGAGAACCUCUUUUGGAUUUCUAGGAUGGGAAGGGAAUGAAACUGAGAUGUCUGGAUUUAACACUGGGAAAAUAACACCUAGCAGAGGAAUGAAUAACUAGACAUUACUCUGGAUUGAACAUUAGGUUAUUACAAGAAACUUUUGCAGGCACAACUUGAGGAGAGAGGGUGGUCCUUUCUAGACAGAAUAGCAUUACCAAAGUUUGGAAGAAAAAAAAACACCUGUAACUUGGAAUGAACACAGAGACUG